AUGUACUGGCUGACGAGUAGCAACGCAAUCCCGCCCUCUGCAGCACACAGCUGGAGUGCUGUGGGUGCCGGGGCUUCGUCUGUCGAGCAGGAGCUUUCGCAGUGCUUCAGCUCCAAGCUGCACCACCGUCUCGACUUCAAUCCGGGCACGUAUUCUCUGCUGCACCACAACUGCAACAAGUUCAGCUCCGAGGCAAUGCGGUACCUCGACCUGCCUCUCUUCUCCAGCGCGGAGGACAAAGGAAGGCACCCCGCGAUUUCGUUUUCUGCCACUCGGGAGGAAAGCUGGUGGCGGCGCCAUCUGUACAAGGCGACAAGUGCACUAUUCGGACAUGAACGGUCUGUUUUGAGCAAGAAAUGCCAAGUGCCAUUUUUCAAUAACGGAACCAAUUGCCGCCGUGUGUCAGGCGGAGGCCGUAAGGGCGAUUGUCCUAUGGACAUGUUCGGCAAUUCCAUGCGCUGCUACGACCCCUCGCAGCGCGCUUCUGCCGGAGAAGAAGGUGUUGCUCCUGAGGUUAGCUACCAGGGCUCUGCCAAUGGCGUAUGUGGUAUCUCCAUCGGAGAGAGGUGCUACUCCUAUCGGGCGGCUGCUCCAUGCCAGCCUGGAGCAAAGUGCCUCGGGGCCGUUUCCGUUUGCCAGCCCAGCGCAGACGCAGAUUGA